AUGGGAACUUUCUUUUUAAAAUCAAUUGAUGUAUCUGGAAUUUCAAAGACAUCCGAUAAAGAUUUCAAAAUGCUAGAUCACAUCGUUGAGGAAGUGGGGGUAGAAAAUGUUGUUCAAAUUGUAACAGACAAUGCUGCAAACUACAAGGUGGCUGGACAAAUGUUGAUGGACAAGAGGAAUAUGCUUUAUUGGACACCUUGUGCAGCUCAUUGUAUUGAUCUAAUGUUAGAGGAUUUUGAGAGCAAGAUACCUAUGCAUAAGGAAAUUAUUGCUUCGGGUAAAAAGAUCACAACUUACAUUUAUGCUAGGACAGGUCUUAUAACUUUAUUGCAUCAUUAUACAGCAGGAGGUGAAUUGAUAAGACCAGCUGCCACUCUCUUUGCAAAAUCAUAUUUAUGUUUGGGUUGCUUGAAUGAUAAGAAGGGAGAAUUGUAUAGGAUGUUCACUUCUAAGAAAUGGAAGGAUAGUAAAUUUGCCAAGACAAACGAUGGGAAAUUGGUUGAAAAUAUAGUCACAAAUAGAGACUUUUGGAAGAAUUUGGUUAUUUGCCUUAAGGGUGCUUUUCCAUUACUUAAAAUCUUACGUAUGGUGGAUUCUGAUGAGAAGCCAGCUAUGGGCUAUAUCUAUGAAACAAUGGAUCAAGCAAAAGAGCAAAUUCAAACUAGCUACAAUAAUAAGAAAAAAAAGAUUAUAGAUCACAGAUGGGACAAACAGUUGCAUAGGCCUUUGCAUGCUGCGGGUUACUGUCUUAAUCCAAUGUUGCAUUACAAACCUAAUUUCAAAGCAGACAAUGAAAUUAAACAAGGGAUGUAUGCAUGUUUAAAAAGGAUGAUGGGAGGAGACAUGAAUAUGGUGAAUGAAAUUGAUGGUCAGCUUGAAGAUUUUAAGAGUAAAAAAGGUUUCUUUGGAAGUGAAAUAGCUCAACGUGGACUAGAAAAUAAGACACCAACUCAAUGGUGCGAAUCUUACGAUGAACACCCAGAGUUGCAAAACUUUGCUAUUCGUGUGUUAAGUUUGACCUGCAAUUCUUCUGGAUGUGAGAGAAACUGGAGUGCUUUUGAGAUGGUUCAUACGAAGAAAAGAAACCGGUUGAAACAAAAGACUAUGAAUGAUCUUGUGUAUGUGAUGGAAGAAAAUGCAGGUGGUAAUCAUGUAAAUGUGACUGAUUUAGAUGAAGAUUUGAUGCAAAGUACUGGUGUUAAAUCAACUACACAUGUAGAUGAAUUUGAUGUCCUUGAAACUAUAGAAAGUGACAAUGAAGAACAAAAUGCAGACGAAAGAGAUGGAGAUGAUGAUGAUGAUGAUGAUGAUAGUGGUGGAGGAGAUGAUGAGAUUAGUGAAGAUGAAGGAGAUGAUAUUAUGGGGGAUAAUCCAAAUUAUCGGCGUGUUUGUGAUUUAUUCUAG